AGUCAGUACAAAACUGCUCGUGUAUUUUCUUUUCCGCCUCAUACCUCACUGUCGCCUGUGACUGAUUACUUCAAGAGUGAACGUCGUCAUCGAAAUGGACUUGCUCAACACCCAGAAGCCGCGCUACGCACGUGUUGAAGGUUCGACGUCCUCCAUCAGCCAGCAAUGGAACACACCUCUGGUCAAGCAGAUUAUGAUCUUCCUAUCCGUUCUUCUAGCAUGUAUCCUCAGCUUCACAGCGGGCAGGUACACCAGCAGCGGCCGCAAUGCCAGCAUUAGCAGCAGCAGCAGCAGCAGUAUAAACCCAGGCUACGGAAUCCCAAUCUCAACCCACAAACACCCCUUCACCUACAACCGCACCUUCGGCUCCCCGCCCAACGCAUCCACAAACGCCGCCUGGGCCGCCCUCUUCCCCGAACAAGGCGGCUAUCUCACCCACCCAACCUACGCGCCCACGCGCUCCGCCCUCUCCGUCUUCCACCAGCUGCACUGCCUCGACGGCCUGCGCACCGCCCUCUGGACCAUCUACGACCACGCCACCACCCAGACAGCCCUGCUCGACCCGGCCAGUCUGCCCGACCAUCUCGCCCCGCCGCAUAUGCGCCAUUGCAUCGAUUUGCUGCGGCAGAGUCUGAUGUGUAAUCCGGAUUUGGCGGCGGAGAGGGUGAAUGUGCGGCUCGGUGGGGUGACGGGGUUUGGGACGAUGCAUGUUUGUAGGGACUGGGAGGAGCUGGUCGGGUUUGUGGCGCAGUGGGAGUAUUAUGGGUUGAGUGCGGAGGAGGUGGCGAGGAAGAAGGAGAGGGUUGGGAUGGGCGGGCAUGGGGGCGGGCAUGAUACGGGUGAGCAUGCGGCGAGUGAGGAGCAUCAUCAUGGUUCGUAGGGGGUUAGGGGGGGAUGUGUUGUGGUGUCAGUGUGUAGUUCACUCGUCUAUUUGUUAAGGAAGAAUAUUAUCAAGAUUGAUGAACGGGAAACAUCAUCCGUACACCAGCAACCACAGCGCCAGUAUCCGAGCAAGCACACAUUAUAGCACCUCCUCCUCCUCCUCUUUCUCCCCAUCCUCAAGCACACACUCCACCACCCCCGUCGGAAUCGGCCCACCCCGAUCCGUCCUCCAG